AUGUCUAGUUCAACAGGUCUUCCAAAGGCUACUUCCUUCCACCAAGUCAUUGCAUAUCGAGCUCAGGAAUUACCAGACCAUACUUGGUUUUACUAUCCUGAACCCGCCAAUGCUGCACAUUACAGGUCGCUGACAUUCAAGGACACUGAUAUGUUAUUGGAUCAUUUGGCUGCUCAGUAUGAAAAAUUAUUACCAAUAGCGGACAGUAGCACUGUCAGUAAGACUGCACCAGCGUCUAUACCUCAACCUCCUUUGGUCACUGCUACGCUAUGUUCCAGCAACGUCCAGCUGUUGCUGACUGGUCUUGCUGUACAGCGAUUGCAGCAUGCUUAUGCACACAUCAGUCCUUUGAACUCAGAUGCUGGUAUUGUAUCGCUAAUGAAAAGCGUAGAUGCCAAGGUCUUGAUCGCCGAUAAUGUGUUCUAUGAGCGCGCCGCAAGUCUGGCUGCACAAGUAGAAGGUAUCCACAUUGUUCGCAUGAUUAAAUUUGAUCCCGUCGAUGAACUGAAGAAAGAUCUCAAGACAUUUGCCUACGAUAAAACUAAGGAUGAAGGAAGCUACUGCUCCGCCAUCCUACAUACCUCAGGUACCACUAGUUCUACUCCCAAGCCAAUCUGGCACACAAACAAGUCUUUCUUAGAAGGUCUACCAUUAGUCAUUCGUAAAACUACGCUAGCCUUAGGACUCUUCUAUCAUGGAAUGGCAGGAGCCGUAGCUCUUAUGGCUGCCCAAAUGGCUGGAUCUAUGGCAAUACCAUUGGCCAAAGAUUGUAAUCAUAGGACUCUUCCUGAAGUUUUCAAUAGCUUAAAGGCUCUCCAGAACGUUGACCGUCUUAUGAUUUAUCCCAUUCUUGCUGAAACGAUUUUGGAAAUAUAUGGCCAAACAAAUGGCCCUGAGAUUGAGUAUUUACGUAGACUGGAGUCCGUAGAGGUUUGGGGAGGCAAGCUAUCCAGCGAAGUUGCACGUGCACUACUGGACUUAGGAAUCAACGUUAGAACCGUCUUUGCAAGUACUGAAGUAGGAUUAUUCCCGCUCCGAAAUGAACCGACUGAGGAGCAUUGGGACUCAUUUGUUUCCAAAAACGACUACCAUUGCAAAUGGGAACACAUCGAAGGAGACCAAUAUGAACUUCUGAUUAAUGAUCCUCCCGUUCUUGGUCUGAACCUCGGUGUUCCCCAGGGCGGCGUAUUCCGUACCAACGACGUGUUUGAGGAAUAUCCUUCCAAGUCUGGAAAAUACGUCUAUAUUGGUCGACGAGACCUGAUGUUGAUCCACUCUAAUGGUAUCAAUACUAAUCCUGUUCCCUGGGAAAAUGCCCUUCGACCUCUCGAAGAAAUUGAAGAAUGCCAGCUUGUUGGUCAUGGUCGCCGUGGACCCGGUCUUUUGAUCGAACUGAACUGGAGUAAGGUUGAGGACGAAGAAAAGGCUCGAGCUACCAUCUGGGCAGCUAUAGAGGAAUAUAAUAAAACUGUUCUGGUAUCGUCAAGAGUGCAACACCAAGAGGCUAUGUUCAUCCUACCUAGAGGAUCUCAUCUUGAACGAAGCGAUAAAGAAACCGUUAAACGUGGUGUUAACAUCAAGAAAUUCGAACAGGAGAUCAAUCAAGGCUAUCAGAACUGGAAUAGGGCCGCUCCUUUUGCCAAGGUAUAG